AUGUCCAAUGUUACGGCUGAUGCCGCCACCGCGGCUGUUGUCAGCACCACCACCACCAGCAGCAGCAGCAGCAGCAGCGGCAGCGACAGCAGCAACAGCAUCGGUAGCAAGAACAAUAACAUCGGCACUGUGUCCUCCGAUGGAGUGGAUUGGUUUCAAAAGUUCAAGUGGCGUUACCAAGUUCGCAAAAACUGGGCUCGAGGGAAGCAUCGGAUUCGACGAUUUGUCGGACACACUGGCGGCAAGUGGCGUCAUCACUCCCUAUUGCCUAUUUCAAUCCUCAUUCGAUGUUGUGCUUUGGUGAUUGACUUACUUAUUAAGGCGUCCGUUCAUUGUCUGGCUUACGACGCCUAUCGUAUCGUUAGUGGCUCCGCUGACUCCACCAUCUGUGUGUGGAAAGUCUGCUCCAACGCGAAUUGGCUAGCGCAGACGCUGCGGGGUCACUCGGGCGCGGUUAGAUGCUUGGAACUGUUGCCCUUACCUCCUGCUCUUGCUUCUUCUACCUCCCCUACCGUGACUACGCCUUCUCCAAGCGUGUGGGAGCCGCCAGAGGCGUUACUCAUCUCGGGUUCAGUCGAUACAAGUCUCAAACUGUGGCGUCUCUCCUCCACUUUUGAAUGGUCGAGGAUUACUUGCAUUGGCACAUUGCAGGGGCACUUUGAUACCGUUCGAUGCGUUCAGGCUGAUUCAAAGAAGGCUGUUAGCGGCUCAUACGACUGUACAAUUCGACUGUGGGAUCUGGCUUCUAGUAGGCAAAAGGUGAUUUUUCGGGGCCACACAGGCGGUGUUGUCUGCCUCACCUAUGACGAUUCUCUUCUCUACUCUGGGUCUCUUGAUAACACCGUUCGGAUCUGGAGCCUAAACACUUCCGUCUGUUACUACACCCUUGUACGACCUGGCACACGUCCAGGAGCCGAGUUCUGGACCACUCCCGUCACCAGUCUCCAUUUGGACAUCCAGCGUCGACGCCUUUUCGUGGCGCAUCAUGAUGGGCGCAUAUGCGUGUGGCAUAUUCCCUCCUCCCCCCCAUCUCUUCAAUCUGGCAUCAAAGACGAAUCAUCAAAGGCAACGAGUUUGGCUCGUCCUGAAUUGGUAGAACAACUCUAUGUUGAAGCCGCCAACUCACAAGCAACAGGUGCAGUAAUUCGAUGUUUGGCAGGAGACGGAUGGCAUCUGCUAUGUGGUUGCGACGACCAGACCAUCAAGGUAUGGCGUGCUGACACAAACACACCAGUUGGCUGCCUACGUGGUCACGAAGAUGGGGUCACUUGUCUCCUUAUCUACGGCUCUGUGGUGAUCUCUGGCUCUUAUGACAAAAAUGUCAUCCUCUACGACUUUGAUCCAAAGUGCAGUGGAGUGGAGACACUGGUGCAACCGCAUGUGGGUCGACGUGAGGUUCCUGCAGUGUCUACAGAGUGUCUGAUGCGCGCAUCUCAGGUCAACCGCGCCUGGAACCGCGCCACUCACCAUCCCCGUCUCUUUCAACGUCUCUGCUGUAGUCCCGAGUGGUCGUUGCCCAAUCUGGAUGCACAUUUUCCGCCUCCUUUGGAGUGUCGCAAUGCCAACUUCUUCUUUCCUAACCUACCCUCCCCUUCCGACACCACCACCAUGUCCAAU